CAGAAAGGAAGGGCACCGAAGCUCAGACUUCCUCUCCAGGGUGGAAGCCGCCGGAGCCGGGCCCAGGCCUUCCUCCCCACCCAGGCUGUCUGGGGCAGCGGGGAGAGGGGGUGGGGACAGAAGAGGUCCGUGGCAGGAGUUGGGUCUGGGCCUCGGAGCCAGUGCGGCUUCCCGAGCCUGUGGCACCCCGGGGGAGCUUCAUCUGCCCUGGGAGCUGCUGGUUGGGUGUAGGCAGCAGGUUCGCCGGGAGAUGGAACUUGGCAAGGAAGAGUUCAGUUACCUGGAAGCCAUAAUAGAGAACAGCAGCAGCAGUGAUGGUGAAGCCUUGGAGGAUGAAGAUGCCAAAGACCAACAUGCCAAGCUGGAGUCUCCAGGCCAGGAGCAGGAUAGCAUGCUGAAUGAGUUUGAACAUGCCUCCCGGGCCCUGCUGGAAGAGCUCUCCAUCCUGGAGGCCGAAUUCGAGAUCGAGAAGUCCUGCCGGCAACAAGCCGAGGUCUAUGCCGCAAAGGUGAGCCAGGAGAACAAGCAGCUGAAGAGGAUCAGCGUGGCUCUCCUCCCGCACCUAGACCCCCAGCACCUGCAGAUUGUGAGCCAGGAGGAGGGGCUUCCCGAGGACCCCAUCCCCCAUCCCGCCCAGAAGCAGGUACAAGAGCUGCAGACCAAGGUGUCCACCCUCCUGGGAGAGAAGAAGGACUUAACCCUUCAAGUGCAGGAGCUGCAGAGCCAACUGAGGAAGAAGGAAGAUCAGAUCCUAGAGGAGCAGCUGGAGAAUAGCUCCCUGAAGUUGGCCAUGGGACGUAGCCAGAAGACCCUAUGGGAGCUGAAACGAGCCUCCCAUAUGGCCAUGCAGGAGUGCAGCGAGGUGAAGCAGCAGUUGGAGGUGGAACAAGAUCUUCGCCAGCACGCAGAGGUCUUUGCCCGCCAGAUGCUGGUGAAGCAGAAGGAGGCAAACCGGCAGAGUGCCAUCCUGCUGCAGGGCGUGGCCCCUGGUGCCCAGCUCCUGGCAGCCCUGGAGGAGGUGGCCACCCUGACCCGGACCCUGGAGGAGGUCAGGCAGCAGCACAAGGAGCAAGUGCACCUCCUGAAACUGGACCUGCAGACCCGGCCGGGCCCAGAAGCGCUGGAGGCCCUGAAUGAGGAGCUGAGGACUGCCCGAGAGGAGACCAGCCGGCUGGGGAAGAGACUGCAGGAAGCAGAGGAGCGGAAUGCCCGGCUGGAGGCUGAAGGCGGGUAGUGCCCGGCCCCCAGGACCCCCCCCAGGACCCCCCACUCCAAGACCAGAACUGGCCCUCUGGACCGGGGUCCCGCAUGGGUUAUCGUGGGGGGGACCACCUGUCUGAAAGGUCACGACCCCACCUUGCCACGCCCCAGAGACCCCAGGUUGGGGAGCGGAGGGCAGAGCGGGGGCCUGGGGGGGAGUGCGUCCCAGUCACCCGCAGGCCCUGGACCGGGGCAUCUCUUCGCAGUUGGCAAACUGGGUCAGCAGAUGAAGUGCGCUGCAGCCUCGGCCCCUGAAUCGGAAGAGAAUCCUGUCCCCCCCUCACCCCUCCCAUCACCGCCUCCCCCGCCGCCCCCUCC